CCACAGUAACUUCGGCCCCACCAGCCCAGACUAGCUUACAGAGCUCUGACCAUGGCUUCUGGUUCUCCUGCUCGGGACACCAAGUCCCCCAGUAACUCAGCAGAAGGCGAUGACCCAAUCGAUGUCGAUGCGCCACAGGCAAGGAGAAAUAAGGAACCACUUUCCAUUAUAGUUUCUCAUUUCGUCCGUCCUAACCUUUGCACCGUGCAGGUUUUCAUGGCCUGCAUACUCUUAGGACAAAAGUAAGCAUUUGUUAGCAGUCUAGAUUGUCCCGGCGCAUGCUGAUGAAUGCUCUUAAGCUUUGUUCGUUCAACAGGCUUGGCAUUGCGUGCUACAACGUCGGAACGCAACAGCUCGUGACGACGGAAACCUGGGAAGAGUCAGUGUCAGGAGAAUUUCCUACCAUUCAGCUGUUGAAGUUUCAGGAGCAGCCGACAGUCAUCAUCGCUAGCACUAAGGCAGACAAGGCCUUUCUCAAUGCCCUGGCAAUCCCCGUAGAGGAAGGCGGAAGCGAUUUCUUUGUUAAGACUGUCAAGAGCAAUAUUUUCAGCUAUGAACAAGCUCAAAACAGGCUUACCUUUUUGCAGUGGAGCGGCAUGCCACACGGCUUAAAUGCGUCUCAGAGAUUGCACCUUCUCAACACUAAAAUCAGGCUGGAGGACGACGUACAAGUCAGAGCACUGGGUGCUCUGCUUGCGGUACUCCAGCAAGAAAUGAUAUUGGACAAUGUUGAGGUCGCUGACAAUGAUGGAGAUUCUGCUACGCUUGGAGUUCGAAUAGGCAGCAUUUCACAAUUAAACCUGUUCUCCGUGUUUGGACUGCUGAAUAAGUGCGUUACAACUGGCGGACGGAGUAUGCUGAGGUAAGUUGAAAUUGUUUAUAUACACGUUGUCAAACGCUCUACUCAUGAUGGCUACAUGAUUACAGGAUGUGGUUCUUACGUCCAAUUGUAGAUUUGCAAGAGAUCCAAGAACGACAUCAGGCGGUCAGCUGGCUGUUAAUGACACAGUACAUU